AUGGCUGUCGACUUAGCCGAUGCGACCCUGGCACAGCGCCUUCUCGGCCGUCUGCAAAUGCUAGUGUCCGCCAACAUAUCUAUUUCUCGUCUACCGAACCUUGCUCCAAGAAGCCGAGUUCGUUUCUAUUCGCAAAACCAUUUCAUCAUUCACGAUCAUGAGGCUUCACGGCCCUGGCAGCUCCCCGACGUACAACUCCAACAUUCCGAGAUGCCGGACCCGUCUGGCCCCAGGGACUACUACCCAUUCGAUUGCUACGCCGCUUCCCACUUCCUCUGCGACAUCGUUCCCUCUCAUUGCCUCUCCCACAUCCGCUUCCUCGAGCUGGUGUUCCCCCCUUACGUGCCCCACGGCUGGUCCCAUGCGAGCCACAGCGCGGCCCAAGACUGGUCCGCCACCGUCAGCGCCCUUCGGAAUCUCAUUAACGCAUCCGCGCUUACCAUCCGCCUGGUCAUGGCAGAUUUCCACGACGUCCCAGCGUUCGGCCGCGAGAUGAUGACGAAGCCUCGCGCCAAGAAGAUUCUGGAUGGUUACAUAUGUGUGAUUGAUCCUCUGAUACCCUUGGUGCGGGAGGACGGGCUGGCGGCGUUCUACAUGCAGGGCGCGCACCCCUUUAUAUGGGACAUGGAUACCCUCCGCACCUCCUUGGAUGAUGACGAUCUGCUAACUUGGAUGCGCCGACAGAUGAAAGAGACCAGCGAGGCAUAUAUGCAGGGCGAGGAUAUAAGCCCUGAUUCUGUCAAGCCUGAACCGAGGAAGCGCACGUGGUGGUUUUGGUACGACGAGAGCCUUGGUUAUGAUAUGAGUAGACGGCAGCGGGGGUCGGCUCGGGAUGGCGCACAAGGUCCAUGGUGGAAGCCAACACGGGGCGUAUAG